UCUCCAGCGGAGGGCACUCAGUGUAUCACAAACUCAAGCAUUAGCACCAACAAGCUCUGAGCCUCAUCAGUCUCUGGAAAGCCUUCUGAAUUAGACAAGGGCUGCCUCUCAGCACAGCUACAAAACACUUUAAACCUGACCAGCUAAAUGGAUAAACCUAGCCUGCAUAGCUUUUAAACUGGGGUCUCAUACAGCACAGGAGGCCUACUUUCUUCAAGAACUGAAAAGCCAGAGGAUGAAUUGCUUUAUCUGGGAAUGGCAAAAGCCAGCAAAAUAAGGAAUGCCAGGUAUUCUGAAGAUUUUCUUUUUUUGCCUCUCUUUUUACAGAGAAGUUGGUUAUCUCCGAGAUGGGCUGUAGCUCUUUGCACAGACUGAAAAUUGCUGCUGAUGGGUCUCUGAUGAAUUAUACAAUGGUCUUCAGAGCCUAGAGACCCCCGCCCCCCAGACAGCUUCCUCUUCCCUGUCCCUUCCUCCCACCCCGUGCUGAUUUUUUUUUUUUAAUAUAUGUGUGCAUAUAUUUUUGCUUGUCCUCUCCGGGGAAGUUUGUACGGGGCUACUAGCUCCCAUGCGGGAUCAGAAUGGUGUGAAUGACAGCCGCACUGUGUCAUGAAGGUGGUGGUGGUUUCAGCACAGGAGACCAAAUAAGAAGAAAGCUGAGAGAGGGGGGAGACCUUUUUGGAUGACAAAGGAUGGGUUUCCACUUAAUCACGCAGCUGAAAGGCAUGAGUGUGGUUCUGGUGCUACUUCCUACACUGCUGCUUGUUAUGCUCACAGGGGCUCAGAGAGCUUGCCCGAAGAACUGCAGAUGCGAUGGCAAAAUUGUGUACUGUGAAUCUCACGCUUUUGCAGAUAUUCCUGAGAACAUUUCUGGUGGGUCACAAGGCUUAUCAUUAAGGUUCAACAGCAUUCAGAAGCUCAAAUCCAAUCAGUUUGCUGGCCUUAACCAGCUUAUAUGGCUUUAUCUUGACCAUAAUUACAUUAGCUCAGUGGAUGAAGAUGCAUUUCACGGGAUCCGUAGACUGAAAGAAUUAAUUCUGAGCUCCAACAAAAUUACCUAUCUGCACAAUAAAACAUUUCACCCAGUUCCCAAUCUCCGCAAUCUGGAUCUGUCCUACAAUAAACUUCAGACAUUGCAAUCUGAACAAUUUAAAGGACUUCGGAAACUCAUAAUUUUGCACUUGAGGUCUAACUCACUGAAGACUGUUCCCAUAAGAGUAUUUCAAGACUGUCGCAAUCUUGACUUUUUGGAUUUGGGUUACAAUCGUCUCCGGAGCUUAUCUCGAAAUGCUUUUGCUGGCCUCUUGAAAUUAAAGGAGCUCCACCUGGAGCACAACCAGUUUUCCAAGAUCAACUUUGCUCAUUUUCCGCGUCUCUUCAACCUCCGUUCAAUUUACCUACAAUGGAACAGGAUUCGCUCCAUUAGCCAAGGCUUGACAUGGACUUGGAGUUCCUUACACAACUUGGAUUUAUCGGGGAAUGACAUCCAAGGAAUUGAGCCGGGCACAUUUAAAUGCCUCCCCAAUUUGCAAAAACUGAAUUUGGAUUCCAACAAGCUCACCAACAUCUCACAGGAAACUGUCAGUACAUGGAUAUCACUAAUAUCCAUUACCUUGUCCGGAAAUAUGUGGGAAUGCAGCCGGAGCAUUUGUCCUCUGUUUCACUGGCUGAAAAAUUUCAAAGGAAAUAAGGAGAGCACCAUGAUAUGUGCAGGACCUAAGCAUAUCCAGGGUGAAAAGGUUAGUGACGCAGUGGAAACAUACAACAUCUGUUCUGAAGUCCAAGUGGUCAAUACGGAAAGAUCACACCUGGUGCCCCAAACGCCUCAGAAGCCACUGAUUAUCCCUAAACCUACCAUCUUCAAACCUGAUGCCUCUCACUUCACUCUUGAGACACCAAGCCCUUCCCCAGGGUUUCAGAUUCCUGGCACAGACCAAGAGUAUGAGCAUGUUUCGUUUCACAAAAUCAUUGCUGGGAGUGUGGCUCUGUUUCUCUCAGUGGCCAUGAUCCUCUUGGUGAUCUAUGUGUCUUGGAAACGCUAUCCAGCUAGCAUGAAGCAACUCCAGCAGCACUCUCUUAUGAAGAGGAGGCGGAAAAAGGCCAGAGAGUCUGAAAGACAAAUGAAUUCCCCUUUACAGGAGUAUUAUGUGGACUACAAGCCGACAAACUCUGAGACCAUGGAUAUAUCGGUUAAUGGAUCUGGGCCCUGCACAUAUACCAUCUCUGGCUCCAGGGAAUGUGAGAUGCCACACCACGUGAAGCCCUUGCCCUAUUACAGCUAUGACCAGUCCGUGAUCGGGUACUGCCAGGCUCACCAGCCACUGCACGUCAACAAGGGCUAUGACACUAUGUCUCCAGAGCAGGACGAACCCAGCCUGGAGCUCGGGAGGGACCACAGCUUCAUCGCUACCAUCGCCAGGUCGGCCGCACCGGCCAUUUACCUGGAGAGAAUAACAAACUAAUGAGGAAGCCGACUCCUCAUGGGGGAACUCGCCGGGGGGAGGGGGAGGGCUUUCAUCCUAAAGGAGAAUGGGUGUCCAACAAUUGCGUAACCUUGCAAACUCAUCGAUCCUGUUAAAGAAUUUAUGGCUUAGAGAAAAGAAAAACCAAAACUGCAUAAAGAGGGCAGCGGAUGCUCCUGCAGCAAAACCGGGAGAGCUACCGGACUUUCUUUGCUUUAAACUAUAGAACAAACAAAGGAAAAUGCUCCCGAAUGUAAAUAGUCAAGAGUGUUACGUUCUUAUAAAAAUAGAUUUCACCCUAGCUAUCUAUAGGUUUGUUUGUAUAUUUGAUUUUUCUACACUGCAUGGUUCCUGGGCUGGCGAACCACA